AUGGGGUGGCUCGGUAUCCCGGAAAGUCGACUUUUUCGCGAAAUCGUUAAGGUUCGAGAGGUGAUGGAUGCUCUCUCGGAGCACGUCAUUAAGGAAGGUUUUCGCCUUACUGGAAUCGUCCCUAUUGAUGCGCAAUUAGCCAUGGAGCAAGAGAUCAGAGAUGCUAAUGAUGAGACUAAUGAUAUAUGGGUAGACGGCUUUCCUGAUAGAGAUGGAGACAGAGAUGAAGCUCAAGACCGCGAGCUCGCUAGCUCUAUCACUAUGUCACCGCCGCGAGACGUUCUAGACACGAAAUCGACGUCUCAGAAGCUUCUCAAUGAUAUCGCCGCUGCUCGACGCCGUCUAGCUACCCUUAAGCGGACGGCCACGUCAAUAAGGAAGAGGAAUAAUGAGAGUGCUAAGGAGAGAAAUCAUCGCGAGGACGGAGAGAGACGUCGUCUAAAGAGCUUCCUAUCUAUCGUGGAGAGAGUUUUACACCGGUCUACGCUUAUUUGUAGCACUGCAGGAAAUUCGACGGAGGGCCUUGCCCAGUUCCGUGCCGACAAUCAGCUUCUUCUUACCCAUACCCACAAUCGGACGACGAGGCCCUCUGGCCGGCAGAUCAGGAUAGUUGGACCACUCACAAAAGGCGAUGCAAAUAAGGAUAUACGCAAGCGAGAGCAAAGAGAGAGAGAUCAGGCUGAGAAGAAGGCGAUAUCACUAGGUAGGAAAGCGGCUAAGAACCCUAUGCCAGCAGAGCUUCUUGCGAGGGUGAAUGCCAGCCUAAAUACGCCGGCGCCGCCGCCACCGAUGCCACCGCUGCCAAUGCCUGAAUCGAGUCCAUCGAGAAAGCGAGGAAUAUGGAGAUAA